AUGCCCACGGAAUACCUGGCCGGGCCUGAAGAGCCCGAUGCCUUGAGCGAGCAGCAACAAGGACAACAGUCACGCCUCCCCACCUCUCAAGGGGAAGAUCAUCAUACCUGGAAGAAUCAUACAUGUGUGUACUGCGGGGUUCGAGCCCCGUUGACAGCCGAUAAAGGAGGAUUCAAGAUCGACGUGGAGGAGUUACAAAGGGAGAUUGCGCGGACAAAAAAGCUCGUCCAGUCGAUUCUGGGGAAUAUUAAGAAAACCAACCAUGUUAUCUCUAUUGGCGAUUUCGAUGAUUCAACGACUACACGUGCGUCGACGAAGGGGAAAAAAGAGGAAGAAAAAGAAUUGGCUUCAGAUAAAGCUUCACACGUCGUCCCAGCGACAGCGGAACUUGAGCAUGAAUCGCAUGAGGCUCAGACUCCGCAUUUUGCUGAGGAAGGUGUGAUUAUAGAGCCACAAACCGAGGUUCAUUCUUUAAGGGAAAAUAGUACGAAGCUUGAAAAGGAUUUGAGAGAAAGGCAGUCCAAGCACGAACAUGAGAGACAAAAUUGGAAGGAAAAAACAGCAAAACAAGAAGCCGACUCUCAGAGCCUCCACCAUCAGCUCCAAGGGUACAGUGUCAAGCUACAGGAUGCUGAAUCAAGUUUGGAGAAGCUAAAGGAUAUCGUAUCCAAAACAAAAGGAGGAAUGAAAUUGAAGCGAGGCUAUCUUUGGUCUGGAAGCUGA